GCCCACACCAGGAUCCUGAGGAGGUGGCAUCAGAAUGGCUGCCCGGCUGCCUGCCCACCAGGAGAGCACGUCCGCAUUGGCCCUGGAGGAGCUGGCCGAGAUCGAGCUGCAGAGAGACGAGGAAGAGGCAGCAGCACUGGGCAGAGUGAAAAGACCCUCGGUGGUGCACGUGACCGGCCAGGACCCUGCACUGACCACGAGUCACCCGUUCUAUGACGUGGCCAGACACGGCAUCCUGCAGGUGGCAGGGGUCGACCUCUUUGGAAGACGCGUCGUCACGUUCAGCUCCUGCAGGCUGCCCCCCUCCCACCAGCUCAACCACCAGCGGCUCUUGGAGUACCUGAAGUUCACUCUGGACCAGUGCAUGGAGGACGGCUACGGCUACACCCUCGUCUACUUCCACCACGGGCUCACCAGCCCCAACAAGCCAGCCGUGAGCUGGCUCCAGAGCGCGUACAAGGAGUUUGACAGGAAGUACAGGAAGAACCUGAAGGCCCUGUACGUGGUGCACCCCACCAGCUUCGUCAAAGUCCUGUGGACCAUCUUCAAGCCCCUCAUCAGCCACAAGUUUGGGAAGAAAGUCACCUACUUCAACUCCCUGAGUGAGCUCCGUGAGCACCUGCCCUACGACCAGCUGGCUGUCCCCCCGGAGGUCGUGCGGUACCAAGAGCAGCUCCGGAGCCUUCACAGGGGCCAGCCACUCCCUCCUGCCAAGACGCCGCCGCCGCGGCCUCCUCUGCCCACCCAGCAGUUUGGCGUCAGCCUGCAAUACCUCAAGGACAAGAAUGGAGGCGAGCUCAUCCCCCCUGUGCUGAGGUUCACGGUGACAUACCUGCGCCAGAAAGGGCUUCGCACUGAGGGCCUGUUCCGGAGGUCGGCCAGUGUCCAGACCAUCCAAGAGAUCCAGAGGCUCUACAAUCAGGGGAAGCCCGUGAACUUCGACGACUACGGGGACAUCCACGUCCCGGCCGUGACCCUGAAGACCUUCCUGCGGGAGCUGCCCCAGCCGCUGCUGACCUUCACAGCCUACGAGCAAAUCCUCGAACUCACCAGUGUGGAGAGCAGCCUGCGUGUGACCCACUGUCGCCAGAUCCUGCAGAGCCUUCCAGAGCACAACUACGCCGUCCUGCGCUACCUCAUGGACUUCCUGCACACGGUGUCCCGGGAGAGCCUUUUUAACAAAAUGAACAGCUCCAACCUGGCCUGUGUCUUCGGGCUGAAUUUAAUCUGGCCGUCCCAGGGGGUGGCCUCCCUCAGUGCCCUCGUGCCCCUGAACCUCUUCACUGAACUGCUGAUCGAGUACUACGAGAGGGUCUUCAGCGCCCAGGAGGCCCCUGGACAGCAGGCCCUGGCACCAUGGCUGCGGGUGAGCAGAGCGGCUCCUUCUCCGGAGGGCACAUCGGGGCGGAUGUGCUGCAGGCCUAAGCUCGUCCGUCCCGCCUCCUUGCCCCCUGCCAGCCGCCAGAAGACACCUCUAGUGUUAGAAACACCCCAGAAGUCUGUCCGUCUGUACGCUGCUGUUUUGUAAACUUGCCCUGUGUGAGCAUUACCAGGAGUUAAAUGAACGCAGAGCCUUCCAGAAGAAAUUCAUUGCUUCUGAUUCUGGGCCUUCUCCAUGGCUUCUGAGCUGUGGACCAGGAUGCAAUGUUGAUGACUGUUCAGUUGAUUCAUUUGAAUCAGAGUCCAGCUCUACUUAGUUGGAAGUGGGAAUUUCCUGGCUGGGGCCUUGUAUCAGUCACCAGCAGCUGUUGCAGUGCUGUGUAACAAACUCCAAACCCAUCACUCAAAACAACGGCUAUUCAUAUGGCCAGGAGUCAUUUGGGCAGUCUUUUGGUCCUUUGCAGAGCUUGCU